AUGGACUUUAUCCACAGUGCACUAAAAUUGGCAGUUUCUUCAAAGGAAAUAGUAGGGUUUAAGAAUUUUUUUCUGAUGAAAAAGCCUUCUUCUGAAGAAAAAGACAGCUUGACAAGAGUGUUUUGGGAACAUGCCUUUGAAUGUUCUUUCCCAAAUUCUGGGUUAGAUGGGGACAGUGGCAAUAAAUGCACUGGUGAGGAAUCAUUAGAGAACCUUCCUGAAUCUGUGAUUCAAUCUAGUAUAAGUGGGCAAAGUUAUAGCAUUUACCAUGCUGUCUAUGCAGUGGCCCAUGCUCUGCAAGCCAUGCUUUCAUCUAAACGCAGAAAGAGAGGACAUCCUUGGGAACUCAGGACUCUAAGUCAACAGUCAUGGCAGAGCCAGUGUGAAGAGGUUAAUGAAGCAAUCAUAUCUACACCACAAGCUGCUUCUCAUCUAACGCCACAAAGAGCCCCAUCUUCAAGAGUCCCAAACCCUGAUGACCCUGGGCUCAUUUAUGGAUCUUCUCCAUUGAUACAUAGCAAGACACAAGGUGUUUUCUUUCAUCGGUUUUUCCCAAAUGGUGAUCAAGAGAUUAUGGGUCUUCUCCAGCUGCUGUUGUAUUUAAAGUGGACAUGGAUUGGACUGAUUUUCCAACCUGAAAAGAGUGGUGAAAGGUUAAUAGAAAAUGCUGUUAAUUUGUUUUCCCAGAAAAGAAUCUGUUUUGACUUCAUAGAAGAGAUAGUCCAGCCAACAUUUACCAAUUAUGUUGAAAGUAUAGUUGAUGAUUUCCGUAAACUAUACAUUAUUAUCAUGAAGAGCACUGUCAAUGUGAUAAUCCUUUACUGUGAAAACCAAUACAUUAUUACUAUUACACUUUUGCCCUAUUUUGAAGAAAUAGUAGAGAUACCAGUCAAGAGAAAAGAUAAAGUUUGGAUAAUGCCAGCUCAGAUGGAAUUUACAUCACUUUCCCUUCUCAAAAUGUUGGGUAUGGAUGCUUUCCAUGGUGCUAUAACUUUUGAAGUGUCUUCCAAGGAGAUCCCUGGAUUCAAAAAAUUCCUUCAGAUGACAAAGCCAACUUCAGGAGAGGAAGACCAAUUAAUGAGAAUGUUUUGGAAACAGGUUUUUGAAUGUACCUUUGCUCAAGCAUUGGUAGAUGCUGGAAAGCUGUGCACGGGAGAAGAGAAUUUUGAGAAUGUACCUAAGUCUGUGUUUGACACCACCAUAACUGGGCAGAGUUACAGCAUCUAUAAUGCAAUCUAUGCUGUGGCACAUGCUUUACAUAUCAUGCUUUACCCCACAUUUAAAGACAGGGCAAGAGAAGUUGGGAGAAAAAUAUUUUUGACUCAAGAAGCAUGGCAGCUCCAUCACUAUUUGAGAACCAUCUCUUUUAAUAACACCGCAGGACAGAAAGUUUCAUUUAACGGAAAUGGAGACUUGGACACUGGAUUUGACAUUACCAACUGGGUCACCUUCUCAAACAAGAGCUUUGUUAAAGUCAAGGUUGGAAAGGUCAACCCAACAGCUUCUCUGGAUAAACUAUUCAUCAUUUCUACAGAGGACAUCAUCUGGCCUGCCAUGUUUAACCAGGAAUUCUUAGGCACAGCAGCAAAGAAUAGCUCAAGAUUGAAAGAGUCUGUUAAUUAUGGAACUGGUUCACAUGUAGUGAAAAAUGUUUUCUUGAAGAAGAUGGAAUUUUCCAUGGUAGUGAUGGCAAUGUUGUCAAUGUUACUGUCAGGAGCUACAUGCCUUAUUCUGCAUACUAAAGCAUGUUCUGUGGGGAAACUUCCCCUUAUUAAGCACAAGUAUUUUCUGCCAGGAGAUUUCAUAAUGGCUGGGAUACUAUCUCAGUUCUACAUGAUAUCUGAUCCAGUUGGUUUCACAAGGCACCCAUCUGAAGAACUGGUUGAUGAGCUCAUUUAUUUCAUGGCAAGAUGGACUUACUUGGCUUCAAUGGAGCUUCUCUCAACACGUGGCAGAUUCAUCCCCAACUAUAAGUGUGAUGCCAAGGACUGGGCAGUAUCUGCUAUUGCAGGACCUAACUCUCACAUCUGUCCCUUCAUGGCAAACAUCUUGAAUGUCUACAAGAUGCCCCAGCUCACAUAUGGAUCUUCCCCAUUGAUAGAUGACAAGAUACAAGGUGCUUUCUUUCAUCGUUUUUUCCCAAAUGCUGAUCAACAGAUUAUGGGUAUUCUCCAGUUGCUAUUGUAUUUUAGAUGGAUAUGGAUUGGACUGAUUUCUCAACCUGAUAAAAGUGGAGAAAGAUUCUUACAAAAUGCUGUUCCUUUGUUUUUGCAGAAAGGUAUCUGCUUUGACUUUAUGGAAGAGAUGGCCAAGGAAACAUUUUCUAAUGAUAUUGCAGGGGCAUUUAAAGAGUUUAGUAAAAUGUAUAUUAUCAUCAUGAAGAGCACUGCCAAUGUUAUCAUCCUAUAUUGUGAAAACCAGGUCACUGUCAUUUUUAGAAUGUUGCCCUAUUUUACAGAAUUUGAAGAGAUACCCAUUGCGAGAAAAGAUAAAGUUUGGAUAAUGCCAGCCCAGAUGGAGUUUACAUCCCUUCCGUUUCAGAAAACUAGGCAUAUGGAAUUUUUCCAUGGAGUUAUAACUUUUUCAAUUUCUUCCAAGGAGAUUUCUGGAUUCAAUAAAUUCCUUCAGAUGAGAAACCCAACUUCAGAAGUGGAAGACCAUUUAAUGAGAGUGUUCUGGGAAGAGGCUUUUGAAUGUUCUUUUCCUAAAGAUAAGUUAGAUAAAGAAACUGGAAUGCUAUGCACUGGAGAAGAGAAGUUGAAGAAUCUACCUAAGUCUGUGUUUGACACCACCCUGACUGGGCAGAGUUAUAGCAUCUAUAAUGCAGUCUAUGCUGUGAGACACGCUUUACAAGCCAUGUUUUCCCCCAAACACAGAACAAGGGGAGAAGUUGGGAGAGAAACAUUUUUGACUCAUAAAGCAUGGCAGCUCAAUCACUAUUUGAGAACCAUUUCAUUUAAUAACACAGUAGGACAGAAACUCUCCUUUAAUGAAAAUGGGGAUCUAGAGACUGGAUUUGACAUUAUCAACUGGGUCACCUUCCCAAACCACACAUUUGCUAAAGUCAAAGUUGGAAAAAUUGACCCAACAGCUUCUCCAGAUAAGCUGUUCACCAUUUCUGCACAAGACAUCAUCUGGCCUGCCAUGUUUAACCAGGUUCAACCUCUUUCUUUGUGCAAUGACAGUUGCUGUGCAGGCUACAGGAAGAUGAAAAUAGAGGGGAAGCCUUUUUGUUGUUAUGAUUGCCUUCCAUGUGCAAAAGGGAAAAUUUCAAAUCAGAUGGAUGCAGUUGAUUGCUUCCAAUGUUCAAACGAUCAAUAUCCAAACAAUGCUCAAAAUCUUUGCAUUCAAAAAAAAGUAACAUUCUUGUCUUACAAUGAGCCACUGGGAGUCACCUUGACCACUGUUAGUCUGUCCUUUUCUGUCAUCACAAUUUUGGUGCUGGGAAUCUUCAUUAAAAAGCAAGAAACUCCGGUCGUCAAAGCCAACAACAGGAACCUCACUUACACCCUCCUCAUUGCCCUUCUGCUCUCCUUUCUUUGCACUUUCCUUUUUAUUGGGAAACCUGAUCAAGUGAAAUGUCUCAUGCAACAAACUACCUUCAGCAUAAUUUUCUCUAUAGCCCUUUCCUGUAUUUUGGGUAAAACAACUAUAGUUGUUCUUGCUUUCAUGGCCACAAAGCCAGAUUCAAAACUGAGGAAAUGGGUGGGGAAAAAGAUGGCUAUUUCUAUUGUCCUUUCUUGUUCCCUGUCCCAAUUCACAAUCUGCUUAGUGUGGCUGGCAAUUUCUCCCCCAUUCCCAGAUUCUGAUAUGCACUCUAUGGCUGAGGAAAUUGUCUUACAAUGUAAUGCAGGUUCAACCACAAUGUUUUAUACCAUUCUUUGUUUUCUGGGAUUAUUGACUGCUGUUAGCUUCUCAAUAGCCUUCCUAGCUAGGAAGUUACCUGACAGCUUUAAUGAAACCAAAUUUAUCACCUUCAGUAUGUUGGUCUUUUGUAGUGUCUGGAUUUCAUUUGUUCCAACCUAUCUGAGCACCAAGGGGAAAUACAUGGUGGCUGUGGAGAUCUUCUCCAUUUUGGCUUCUACAGCUGGAUUACUGGGCUGCAUAUUUUUCCCCAAAUGCUACAUCAUUAUUUUGAGACCUGAUUUGAACACAAAGGGAUGUUUAAUAAAGAAGUAG